AAGGAGGAGGAAUUGUUGGAACGUAAACUGCCUUGAGAUCACGUUCACAAACUGCGACGGCAAUCUUAAUAGCUACUUCGCGGUGCUGUUCAAUGCCAAUAAAGCCAGUUACACAUCAUAUGCAGGCUGGAAGAAUGCCCUGGUGUUCGCAUGGUAUGAUCUGGCGAAUCCGGUUCCGAACAGCGACUCACUUCCGGCGGCCAUGUUUUCGCCGAAUUAUGAGAUCCAUCACGGCGGUUGUGUAAGGUAUAGCAUGGGAACUACCGAAAUCGACGUCACAAGAGACACGAUUGGUCAGCGAUUCAAGCGUGAAGAAUGUUUAACCUCCACGACUUCCCACAUUUAAUGAAAAUCAUAUAUGUAAAAAGUGUGAUUAAUACGUGAACUAGGGAUCUAUAUGGUUCCCGACAUGCGUUUACGUCCUGACUUCGAUCCUUCUUCGAAGGAAGGAUUAAAUGAUUUAUAUCAACGGACACACAACACUGAUUGUACACAGGAGCAUUCAAAAUUAGACACAAACUAAUAGUUUUGUGUAAUAGGAUCCAUGUAAACAAACGAAAGGACGUUUAGUUUGUAAAGUCCUAGUCUUUGGAUAGAUUGUCUAACUAGCUAUCGAGAGAUUUUAAGUGCGAUUCUUAAGAUAAAGUUACCGAAUAUAUUAAACGUUCAAUCUAACAACUGUAGGACGACAUCGAGUUCAGAUUAUAUAAACCCUGAAGGCGCUUUAUCUUCAAACGAAUGGAUAGCAUUGAUAAAAUAUAGAUUACUUGAUUAGUUGAGUCGCACUUGUCGCGAGUAGAAAACAUUAGAUAAGAAAAUAAAGAUAGUUAAAAUCCGCAAUAGGGCGGAUUAGCCCCGGGUUUAAAUGACCUUUCUUAUCGAACGAAUAACAAACCAUACCGCGGUUAAAGUGAAACACACGAGAAAAAAGACCGUCUUUGAAUAUGCUAGUGAUUAAGCAUUAAAGAGAAAUAGAACUAGACAAUAUGGACGUGACACCAUCUACAGAUGUGAAUAUACAUCAGUGCGUGAACGGAAUGAUAGAAGCGAACGUCCAAGAAAAGAAUAUUUCGCAGACGGAUAAAAGUAAUUGGAAGAAAGACAACCCAGACGAGUCGUAUGUAGCAAUUUAUGCGGCUUUCGAAAGAGGGACUGAUUCUAGGACUGAUCAUAACAACGGGAAGCCAGACAGCACAACUAAGCACAAUGAUUCAAAUACUGCAAAAUUCGAAGUAGGUAAUGGCCCUCGGUUUCUGGCGGAUGACGUUGAGGCAAAAGAUGCCGCAGGCGACGUUAUGGCCACAGAUGCCGCAGGCGACGUUGAGGCAACAGAUGCCGCAGGCGACGUCGAGGUGCAUUCAAUCAUUGAUACUGACAUGGACAUUAUCGACCUUCCGGUCGACAAGGGAUGGGCGUGGGUGAUUAUGCUUGCUGGCACGCUGUGCAUGUUUAUAAUAAUUGGCCAGAUGAAGUGCUUUGGCAUCGCGUUCGUCCAAUUACAAGAGCGUUAUGGUUCUUCGUCAUCAGCGACGUCACUGAUUUUCACGUUGCAGAACAUCGGUUUCAGUAUCACCGCGUUGUUAGUGAUGACAGUCGGCAGUUCGAUUCCCGCUCGCUUAUCAUUGGUUUGCGGCAGCAUUCUCACAACAUCCGUGUUUUUCCUUAGCGCCUUCACCACAGAUGUAAAGAUUGCGUGGGUUCUUCUUGGCAUACUUGUCGGAAUAGCCAACGCCUUGAUCAUUCCGCACGUGAACGCUGUAAUCGGUGUGUAUUUCAAGAAGAGGCGGGGCCUGGCUAGCAGCAUCGUCCACUCGGGUGUCAGUUUAGGAGGCCUGGCGUUUGCUCCAAUAUACACACUGCUGUUUGAAACUCAUGCAUUCACGGGCACAUAUAUUUUCAUAGCUGGCUUCCAUUUUCACUUACUCAUUGUUGCAUGUCUAUUACGUCCAAUGAGUUUCUACCAAAGAAGAAAGAGAAACGACCGUCAAUCGGGUAUUGACGCUGGUGAUGCCGAUCUGGGAAAAGCGCUUCUUUUAAACGGUAAAAUAAAGAAAGAUAGUAAAUAUACAAACGGAAAGGGUUGUUUAAUUAAAGAAUCAGAGUUAUAUCGAAAGCAAAGAUUUAAACAUCGAAGACGUUGCGUUAGUGAAAAUGAACGAAAUGAUGAUGACAACAUAGAUGCUUCUAAGUUGUUGAAAUCCCAAAUUGCACGCUUUGCAAGUACACAAAUUCUCCACAUGUCCAUGCUUGAUUUAAACUUCGACGGCGUAGUGGAUAAAAUGGAAAAUCAUUUCACCGACGAACAAAUCAAUGCAGUUCCCAAAAAACAGAAAUCUAUUUCCGCACAGUUUUUGAAGGUGUUCAAUAUAAAGCUACUAUCAAGUCCAGUAUUUAUUUAUUUCCUAGUGUGCAACGGUUUCCUUUGUGCCGGAUGCUCACAGGUCAACUCCUUCUUGCCGCAAGACGCAUUCGAAAAGGGCAUCAGCAAAGGACAAGUAGCUUUACUGGUCUCAGGAAUGAGUGUAAUGGACCUGUUAUCGAAGAUGGUGUUCGGACUUAUCGCGGACAAAGGCUGGUGUCACCGAUCGACUUUUCUUUCCAUUGCGGCCCUUAUUCUCGGCGUCAGCGCGCAGUUCGUCGGUCUGAUGAAGUCAUUUGAAACAAUCGCUAUAUUUGCAGCAAUAACGGGCUUACUUCAGGGGGUGUAUUUCUCCCUCUUCGUUGUUGUCAUAUUGGAUAUUCUUGAUAUUGAGGAUUUUAAGGGUGCUCUUGGAUUCGUGUCCUUGAUGCAAGGGUUUUCCACUGGGCUGACUUUGCCUCUCUCCGGUUAUCUACGGGAUGUCACAGGAUCUUACUUCAUCACCCACAACUUCAUUGGGGCUUUACUUCUCAUUGGUGGAAUAAUGUCGUAUUUUCUACCCAACGUCCACGCCUGGAAUAUCAAGAGAAAUGCGAUGAAAAGUGUUAAUUCUUAAGAAGAAUCACCAGCUGUUGCUUUUGACUAAGGAAAACGAAUCUACUGGCUUAUAAGUAAGCUCCACGUUUCCAAAGGAAGGUUUUGUUUGUUUAAAAAUGUGGUUUGGUCCGUCCGCGUGUUAGUUCACCGAAUUAGUUCCCAUGCUCUUAAAAUAAUAACAACAGUUUGAGCUGAAUAGGAGCGUCAUCAAAAUAUCUAUGGGCAUUAUGUUCACGUUUAUUUCGAAAAUUAGUUAAAUCUUAAUAAUUCAUUUUUGUUGUGUUAAACUUAAAUUACAGUUAGAAGAAGAUGCUUUCUGUAUGUGUGCCCAACAGUUUUCACUAACAAAUCACGGAAUGAUAUGAGAAAGUUCGAAUGUUGGUAUUUUGGCCGAGGAGUGCGUCUCUGCCUGUGUUAGAAAUAUGUCGUUAUUUAUCGCAAUAUGUUGAUGUAGACACUUUUAGGAUACAAUGAAUAGUUUAUGCUUAUGCAAUGUCAUAAAUAACGAUAUUAUUGGGGGAUGGGUAGGGAAAACUGAUGCAAUGCUGUUAAUGUUACUGUAUGUAUUAAUAAAGCAUUAUUUGAAUUAA